UCCAGCAGCGCCCCCGGCCGCCCGUCGCACCCCGGCCAGCAUGAGCCGCCAUGGGCAUGGCCCGCCCCACACCAGACCCGCAGCCGCACGGACCGUCGCCGACAGCUACACCCUGCUGGCAGGGGAGCUGGACAGGGGCAAGUUCGCGGUGGUGAAGAAGUGCCUGGAGAAGGCCACAGGCCGCGAGUUCGCAGCCAAGUUCCUGCGGAAGCGGCGCAAGGGCGAGGAUUGCCGGCUCGACAUCAUCAAUGAGAUCGCCGUGCUGGAGCUGGCAGCCCGCAGCCCCCACGUGGUGGAUCUGCACGAGGUCUACGAGACGCCCGCCGAGAUCGUGCUGGUGCUGGAGUGCGCAGCCGGCGGGGAGAUCUUCCAGCAGUGUGUGGCGGAGCAGGAUGAGGCCUUCACCGAGCAGGAUGUGAUCCGUCUGGUGCGGCAGAUCCUGCGCGGCGUCGGCUUCCUGCACCAGCACAACGUCGUCCACCUGGACCUGAAGCCCCAGAACAUCCUCCUGACCAGCAGCAGCCCCCUGGGCGACAUCCGCAUCGUGGACUUCGGGCUGUCGCGUCGGGUGGAUGCUGUGCGGGAGGUGCGCGAGAUUCUGGGCACGCCGGAGUACGUGGCUCCCGAGGUCCUGAGCUACGAGCCCAUCAGCACGGCCACCGACAUGUGUCCCACUUCGUCACACCUGGGGAGGGGGCUUGUCCCAGCUCCGCUGGCUGCCGGGGUGUCGCCCGAUGCGAGCGUGGUGUGGGAGGAAGGCUGGACUCUCGGAGGCAGCCCCGAGGUGGCCAUGCGGGAGGGAGGCAGUCGCAGGGGUAGGGCCAAGGACUCCUGGGCUGAGAGCACUAAUCCCCUCCCUCCUGCCUGCAGGAAGCGAGCCAAGGCCGAGCAGUGCCUGCAGCACCCCUGGCUGGCCCUGGCCCCAGCCCCGGCGGUGGAGCUGGCAGCCCCAGUGCGGGCUGAUCUGGAGCAGGCCCCGGUGAGCGAGGGCAGCAGUGGCCCCGAGGAUGAGGAGGAGCUGGUGCUGGUGGCCUCCUACACGAUGCCCUGCCCCUGCCGCCAGCUGGGGGGCCUGGAAGUGCAGGAGACAGAGCUGGCUGGGGCGCGGAAGCCGUUCCCAGCCCUGCAGGAGAUUGCCCAGGAGCUGGUGUUCUGAGCCGGCCGCCCGCAACCCCUUUGCCUGCUGCCUUGGAGAGCAGCACCGGACUUGCCAUGGGCCUGCCGGGCGCAUUUCCGAGCCUGUCCCGGAGUCGGGGCCCCGGACGCGAGAGGGACGGGCCCCCGGAGCAGGGGGCUCCCUGGGAGCAGGAGCAGCUUUGCCUCGGUCCUGCGGGAGGCAGUCGGGCACCCAGCUGCUCUACCCCGCAGCCAUGGCUCCUGUGUACAUAGCACUGCAGGGGAGGACAGAGCCUGUCAGAUGGGAUAGGGUGGGUCACUGUGGAGGAGGGGAGCCCCCAGUGUCAGUGAUGGGGGACAGGAGCACCCGUUACCAGCGGGAGCUUGUUGGGGUAUCACUGCCCUGCACAGCUGGACCAGGCAGUGGCUGCAGGAAGAGACUGAGCCCCUGUGGCCUCUACAGGAGAGAAACACCAUGGAAAAGCCCUGGGGGUCACCCCAGAGCCCCACAUUCACACUGCAACCCGAAAUCUGCAGCAGCUUCCCCCAGAGCAGCUGCCAGCGGGAGCACAGGGCCCAGCGGGGCAGAGGCUGCUCAUCUUGGAACCCAGGAAGCUCCAUUUGGGGGCUGGCCCUGCCAGUGAGCACUGCAGCACAGGGAUGCCCCCCAUCCUGUUGUGGGGCAUGGAAGGGCCCCAUUGCCUGGCCCAGCCCCACUCGGGCAGCUGACCUACGCUUUGCCUCUGGUUUCUGAACUAGGAAAUUAGUUACUGGCCCAUUUGGGCUGGGAGGAGGUGGAGGGCUGGCUGCACUGACGCACUGGUCCGUGCCAACGUGCUGGCCAUGGGGUGAGGCCUGGGGAGGGCAAGGGGCGGAUGGCACCAGGAGCUGGCAGUGCCACCAGAUUUCUCUGAUGGUCCAGGUGCCAAUUGCAGGGUAAAGUGGAGCCGCCCCUGUUCUGCCUGUGUUCACACCUUGGCAUCCGGCCGCCAGGCAGGGACUCGAGGGGGAGCCCCAAACCGGGCACUCCUGCAGCGGGUGCCUGGCCCAGCAGAUGGUGCCAUUGGGCUCCCCCCAGGUGAAGUCCAUGGGGCAGCAGCCGCGCCUGGCACUGGGCUUUGCGGCCGCCCUGCAGGGCUGGCCCCGGGAGGGAACGUGCCGCCGGCUGCCACGUCUUUGCCUGGUUUUUUUUUAAAUAAAGGAUUAAAGUUUAUAUCUAUAAAAAUGUUGGCUCCUCCCCAGGGGGUUCCCAGGGUCCUCGUGCCCCACAUGGGCCCCACUAUGACCCAGACAGGCCCAGGGCCUAGCUCUCCUGCCCAGAGGCUGUGCUGCAGUCAGCAAUGGCUAAGACAGGCUGCCCAUGGGACACCUCUGCCCGCCAGACAGAAGCCUGGGCUCCAUGCAAGCAGCUUGGGCAGGGUGGGGGGGAUGUGUGGCUGGAAGGAGCAGGUGUCCCAGGCCCCAGUGACCUGCCGCCUGGGGCCUCACAAUUGCCAGCUUUGAAGUGAGCAGGUCACAGGGGCUCCCCGGCCCCUAAGGGCUGAGGCCCUAUCGGGGCUGCAGUUCCGGCCAGGCGAAGUCACGGUGUGUAGGACAGGUGCUGUGUCCCCAGUGUGACGAGCUCCCUGGAGAGAUGGGAGAGCAGGCGGCAAGUGACUCUUAGCCCCCAUUGCCCACGUGGGAGGGCUGAGCCCUGCAGCUCCUAGCCUGGCGUGCCAAGCACCCGGCUCCCUGCCAGGACCAUGACAGCCCAGUGCCCUGACUGCCUCGCAAUGACACCUGGCCAGUCUGGUGCUGCCGGGCACAGGGGAGCUCAGCAGGGUUUGCUGCUCUGCCAGGCAGGCACCAGUUCACCCCCUUCCCCUGGGAUGCACCCAGGAAAUGCUGGGUGUCCCUCAGGACAUGCACAUGGGGCACCCCCCUCUCAGC